AUGUCGUACUCCACCAACGUGUCUCCGCACGAACUCAAGGGCGACAAGGACAUUGGCGCUCCCAUCGUCGAGACGUCCACUCGCAGCGAUGGAAAGAGCCCCGACGAGCGCGGCUCGCUCCAUGACGGCUUCCCCGCCGACGUCGAUGAGAAGAAGCUGAUGCGCAAGGUCGAUUUCCGACUCAUUCCGUGGCUAUGUGUCUUGUACCUCCUCAGCUUCCUCGACAGAAGUGCCAUCGGCAACGCUCGUCUCUACGGCCUCGAGAAGGAACUCAAGCUCACCAGUCAACAGUACAACAUGGCUCUCACCGUCUUCUUCUUCCCCUAUGCACUCUUCGAGGUGCCUAGCAACGUGCUCUUGAAGCGCCUUCGCCCGUCCAUCUGGUUCCCCGUCAUCACCAUCCUCGUCGGCAUCUGCAUGCUCUCGCAAGGCCUUGUACACAACUACACCGGCAUCCUCGUCGCGCGUUUCUUCUUGGGCGUCACCGAAGCCGGCCUUUUCCCUGGAUGCAACUACCUCAUCAGCGGUUGGUACAAGCGCAACGAGUUCGGUCUGCGAGCCAGUGUCUUCUUCAGCGCUGCCACCGCGUCGGGCGCCUUCGGCGGCCUCCUCUCCUUUGCCAUCAACAAGAUGGGUGGCGUUGGCGAUUACAGCGGAUGGCGUUGGAUUCUAAUUCUCAUCGGAUUGGCCACCGUGAUCUCGGGCGUCCUCAGCUUCUGGUUCUGCGUCGACUUCCCGGAGACGGCCACCUUCUUGUCCGAGUCGGAGCGCAAGGCGAUCAUCUACCGUCUGCAGAGCGAUCAGCAGUUUUCGGCCGCCGGCGAACGCUUCCGUUGGGACAAUGUCUACAAGGUCAUGUUUGACUGGAAGGUCUGGGCCGGUAUGGGCGCAUACAUCGGUUGCGUCUGUCCUUUAUACGCAUUUUCGCUGUUUACGCCAACCAUCGUCCGCUCGCUAGGAAAGUAUACUAGCAACCAGGCCAACUUGAUCUCGGUGCCGGUCUACAUCGUGGCCUGUCUGGUCACGGUGGUGGUUGGCUUUUGUGCCGACCGAACCUCGCGCAGGACGCUCUACUCGAUCUGCCUUACGGCCGUCGGCGCAAUCGGCUACAUCAUUCUCAUUGCCAACGACCCCAAGCGCAGGCCUGGGCUCAGCUACUUCAGCGUCUACCUCGCAGCAUGCGGUAUCUAUCCGAUGAUCCCAAACACGAUCGCCAUCGUGGCAGGCAACAGCGAGGGAGCCUACGUGCGAUCCGUCGUGACUGCCGUCGUCAUCUCGUUUGGUAAUAUCAACGGAGCUGUCUCGUCCAACAUCUAUCCGAGCAGGACGGCGCCUCGUUUCUUCCUCGGUCACGCGGUGGUGCUCGCCUACCUUGUGAUUGGCAUGCUCAGCAACGUCGUGCUCUACUUUGGAUUGCAGCGCGAGAAUCUCAAGCGCGACGAGGGCAAGUGCAACGAGACCAUCCUCGCCGACGACCCCGCCCGCAUCGCGUCGGGCACCGACCUGCAGGCCGAGGCCGCUCGCAUCCGUGCGCAAGAGGCUCAAAAUGCCGGUGCCUUCGGCGGCCUCAUGCGCCGUCUGCACAUCGGAGGAGGCGGAACGUAUGCCACGGUGGAAGAAGCCCGCAGCCUCAAGGGUGACCAGUGGUCGGGCUUCAGGUACCGCUGGUGA